AGCAACCGCCUCAAGACCACCAAGUACACGGCGCUCUCCUUCCUGCCCAAGAACCUCUUUGAGCAGUUCCACCGCCUGGCCAACGUCUACUUUGUGUUCAUCGCACUCCUCAACUUUGUACCGGCCGUCAAUGCCUUCCAGCCGGAGCUGGCCUUGGCCCCCGUGCUCUUCAUCUUGGCGGUCACUGCCAUCAAGGACCUGUGGGAGGAUUACAGCCGCUACCUCUCCGACAAGGAGAUCAACCACACCGAGUGCCUGGUGUACAGCAGGAAUGAGAAGAAAUAUAUAAGCAGAUACUGGAAAGAAGUGAAAGUUGGAGACUUUGUGCAGCUUCGCUGUAAUGAAAUUAUACCUGCUGACAUACUGCUGCUCUCCUCAAGUGAUCCCGAUGGGCUGUGCCAUAUAGAAACAGCUAACCUGGAUGGUGAAACUAACUUAAAACAAAGACAGGUGGUGAGGAGGUUCUUAGAGCUGGACUCAGAAUUUGACCCCUUGAAGUUCACCAGUGUCAUUGAAUGCGAGAAGCCAAACAAUGACUUAAGUAGGUUUCGAGGUUACAUUAUACAUAAAAGUGGAAAAAAGGAUGGACUGUUCAAAGAAAAUCUUUUGUUACGUGGAUGUACCAUCAGAAAUACAGAAGAGGUUGCAGGAAUAGUAAUCUAUGCAGGGCAUGAGACCAAAGCUUUGUUAAAUAAUAAUGGACCCCGUUACAAACGAAGUAAGCUUGAAAGACAGAUGAAUGCUGAUGUCCUUUGGUGUGUCCUCAUACUUCUAAUCAUGUGUCUGUUCUCUGCCAUUGGUCAUGGCCUAUGGGUAUGGCAAUAUGAUGAAAAGAGGAAACCAAUUUUUGAUGUUCCAGGGCCUGAUGGCAAAUAUUUGUCUCCUGUUUUAGCUUCAAUGUAUUUAUUUCUGACAGUGAUCAUAGUUUUCCAGGUUAUGAUUCCAAUUUCUUUGUAUGUAUCCAUUGAAAUAGUUAAAAUCUGCCAAGUAUACUUUAUUCAUCAAGAUAAAGAUUUAUAUGAUGAAGAAACAGACACUCAGCUGCAGUGCCGAGCUUUAAAUAUCACAGAAGACCUAGGUCAGGUGCAGUUUAUCUUUUCAGACAAGACUGGGACACUUACUGAAAACAAGAUGGUUUUCCGAAGAUGCACUGUUUCUGGAAUAGAGUAUUCCCAUGAUGAUAACGCCAAACGCUUAGCCAUGUACCAAGAACCUGAUUCAGAGGAAGACGAGGCAGCCCCAAAAGGAGGAACUCUGUCACAGCGUGAUAGUAUCUGCAGCCAUCAGAGCAUCAAAGUAAUCCACAGAAGCCAGAGCACCAAAACCCACCGGCGCACAGGUAGCAGAGCUGAAGCAAAAAGAGCAAGCAUACUCUCGAAGCACACUGCAUUCAGCAGCCCAAUGGAAAAGGACAUCACACCUGACCCGAGCUUGUUAGAAAAGGUGAAUGAAUGUGCAAAGCAUCUGGAGGUCAUGAGGAGCCACGAACAGCCAUUAUCCCAUCUGAGUCCAGAACUAUGUGACAUUUUUGACUUCUUUGUCGCUUUGACUAUAUGUAAUACAGUUGUGGUUACUGCACCAAAUCAGCCUCGACAGAAGGUUAGAGAUCGAUUUGAACUAAAAUCUCCAGUAAAAACCAUAGAAGACUUCAUACGAAGAUUCACUCCAAGCCGCUUGACCUCUGGAUCUAACAGCAGCAGUUCAUCUAGUCUCGCUACAAGUAAAUCAAUGCACAGAUUUGGUUUAAGUGUGCUUUCAUCUACAUCUACGGAUAGCACUUUAUUAAAACUGGAAGAGAAGCUGGCGUACUCUGCACAGAUAAAUAACAAUGGCUACAGCUCCCAGCAAGGCCGGACAGCUGUGGGGAGAGGACCUGAGGAAGGAGAACUGCGUUAUGAAGCAGAGAGUCCAGAUGAAGCUGCUCUUGUCUAUGCAGCAAGGGCGUAUAACUGUUCUCUGGUUGGAAGGCUGUCUGACCAGGUAUCAGUGGAGCUACCUCACCUGGGAACUUUAAGCUUUGAAGUAUUACAUACGUUGGGCUUUGAUUCCGUCAGGAAGAGGAUGUCAGUAGUCGUCAGACAUCCUCUCACAGAUGAAAUAAAUGUUUACACUAAAGGAGCAGAUUCAGUUAUUAUGGAUCUUCUUCUACCCUGCUCUUCAGGUACACUCUUACUUACCUUUGUGGGA